UCAGCGACCUUACAGGCUGCAUCUAAAUUUUCGAUGCCAGACGAUUUGCUAUUCCAUUGCCUGCAGCUAUGCAAAAUUUGGUGCGGCUUCGCCGCGUUGUUCGGAGACCAUUCCGGAAAAUCCUUCGGGGGGCCAAUUUGACCCCGCCCGAGCGCGUGCUAAAUAAGUUAAGUCUUCACAGAAAAAAUCGUAAUCCAGUGGGCAUUAUUUGUUCGGUUUUCAGGGUACUAAUGUGAACCACCAAAACCGGUAUGGAAGGUCUAACAUGGAGGAUCGAAUGGGCCUAACAAAUGUGAGCAGUGUGAUUUUAGGCAAGGGCAUUCAUGUCUGACAAUCCUAGACUUCUGACACUGGGCAUAUGAAUAUUUUGAUAUAAGCCAACUUGUUUGAACAUGCUCUGAUUUGUCAUUUUUCAUAAUAUUCCUCACAAGACUUAAUUAAACUUUAAGUGUGAUGAUACUUUGGUAGUUUGUUAAAAUGGACAGAAUGGUGGCUUGCAGUGUGGCAGUAAGUGCCACAAUGUUAAAUGGGUCCAAAUUUUCAUAGCAAAAUGUGUAUGCUGUGACUAUUGGGUUUAGGUCGUGUGCCUUUUCCGUGAAUGACCAUUGCAAACAACGUUGGAAAUGAUAAAUAGAUUUGCUGCAGAAUAUUUAGAAAACACUCGUUGGGUAGUAAAAACUAAACUUGUUCAGGGUUUCAGCUUUUAUAAGAUCAUGUGUGUAGAUGGAGGGCAUAUGAGAGAGUUGUGCAUCAUGGCUCAAGAACAUGUGAUUGAAUGGUAAAAUUCCUUGGUGUCAAGACCAGAAUGUUGGUUUCGGAACCUGGUGUGGAAGACAACACAUUUACAACUCCAGAAUGCAGGCAAUGGGUACAAACCGCCAUGCAUGUAAAAGGAUGUAGCCAUGCUUUGAAGGUUGAUUUCCAUUUAUAAGCCAGAUGCUAGUGUUCGAACAAAGUAAAAUAUCCUCACAUGUACCACAGGCGAGUACAGGCCAAUGUAUCAAAACCAGACAUUAUGUGACUCAGCCUCAUAUGACGUGCUCAAUUCCAGCUGAAGAAACAAGCGUCCAAAGUCUACCUUCUCACUCCAGCAGCGGCCAUGGCGUCGCAGUCUCUGGAGAUCGUGCUGCCAGGUGACGUGAUCAAGACAGAGGGUGACCUGGACCUGGGCCCGGGCCUGCGUCGCGAGCGGCACGGCUGCGUGGUGCUGCAGCCGGGCGUGCACCGGUUCCGCGCGCCGCGAACCCACUGGGUCGACACCCACUGCCGCCGCUACGUGCCGGUGCGCGGCCAGUGCGUGGUGGGUACGGUGUUAGCGCGCGCCGGCGACAUCUUCCGUGUGGACAUUGGAGCGCACGAACCGGCCACACUCUCCUACCUGUCGUUCGAGGGCGCCACCAAGAAGAACCGCCCCGACGUGAAGGUGGGUGACCUGGUGUUCGCGCGCCUGCUGGUCGCCAACAAGGACAUGGAGCCGGAGCUGGUGUGCGUCAAUUCGAAGGGUCGCGCCGAGGGCCUGGGCGUGCUGUCGGCGGAGGGGCUGGACUUCACCGUGCCGCUGCACGUGUGCCGCAAGGUGCUGGCGCCCGCCUGUGGCCUGCUGCGCCGGCUCGGCUCCGAGCUGCGCUUCGAGAUGGCCGUCGGCAUGAAUGGCCGCGUCUGGGCCACCAGCAACAGCCUGCGCUACACGGCCGCCGUCGCCAGCGCCAUUUGCGCCUCUGAGCACAUGGACGAGGCGCAGAUCGCCGCCAUGUGCCGCGAGGUGGCAGCAGUGGCGCACCAGCGGCGAUGAGCACGCGCGUGUGGGCGGGGGAGGAAGGGCUAUGGCGUUGCGUUGUGAUGUGCGUGGAAUGCUCGGAGGAUCGUGGCGAGUGCACAGAUCGUGCAAAUGGCGUACGUGACCUGGCACCCGUCGGUGAUCUGGGAGAUCUGGCGUGGCGGGGUCUGGUCCACGGCGUUUUUACAUGCGCGUCGCUUCACGCUGUGGUUCGUCCCGUUCUGGACCCGAGCCCACCCAACCGCAGUCGGCGGGCGGAAGACCGGCAGAGGGCGGAGUGGUCACCACUGCGGACAAUUCCUGAGCAUCUAGCUAGUUUUGAUGAGAACCUGGGGUUCUCUGCGCUCUGCGGCGUCUCACAAGCCACUGGUCAGAUGCGUGUGUGUGAUCAUCGCUGACACCGUGUCCAGCAUAUUUCACGUGCGAGAUCAGGUUACGUCCUCUUGUCUGGUGCCAAAUCUUGC